AUGUUCCAGCAGAUCAAUGAGUCUUUUCAUAAAGGAACUCAGCAAUGUAAGUUUUGAUCUGUUCUGCGGGAUUGUUUAUUGCGUUAUAAUUGGGCAGCUUCAAUCCCUGGCUAUGACGUUCAGUUAGAUUGUUCAUUUGAAAAACAUACUAAGAUACUGGCAUUUGCUGAAGGGAGUGUUUGACAGUCCCAACAUUGAGUGUCAAACAAAAGUUGCGACGACUGGAUGUCUUUAGGUAUUAGAGAGCUUUAGUUUCUAAGACGAGAACGACUAUGAAUACGAGAUUUUCUUAAUAGUCCACGCACGUGACGCAGCGUCAUUUUGGCGGGAAAAUGUUGUAGCCGUCAUCAUUGUACUUCGAGUUUUAGCGAGAGAGUCGUAAUGGCAGGAUCAAAUUCUCAGAUGUUAGAAGUAAUGGCAUUUUGCAAUCGGGAGAGGGCUCACCCUCUUUCAAUAACGAUAACAGUGUUAACUUUUCUAGUGAAAAAUGGUAAAAUGAAGCUUUCCGGGGAGUCUAUAAUUUGAGAAUACGCGAAAAAACUCUAAAUCAAAUCUCGUGCUCGUAGUCGUUCUCGUCCUCCAAUCUAGAGGUCUCUAUUAACUCUCAAAAAUACCAUAAACAGCCAUUUAUAAGCCUCUUCCUAACUUAUAAGUCCCUCCAGUUCUAGGCUCAUCUUCCUGUUAACAACAAAAAAAUACAUCUGAUUAUAAGCCAAUCCAGAUAUAAGCCCCCCCCUUCCCGCCCCUCUCUAGCUUAUCUUGAAAUGAAUUCGACAUAUUGUGAUGUUAUGACCCUCAAGUAAAAACCAGUAAAUACAGAACGUAUUUUGAUCAGUUCUGCUAUAGCCUGUUUGGAAGCGCUUUUUCUAUACUGGUUAUAAGCCCUCUUGAAUAUACGCUCCUCUGUUUAUAAGCCCCCCUCAAACCCCGUACGAAGAAAUAUUAACCCAGGGCUUAUAAUCGGCAGUUAACGGUAUCAUAUUCUUAUUACAGACCUACAGCAGGUGACGACUGCAUUGGAUAAUCGAAGAAGAGAAGAAAGAGAAUCUGUGAACCCAGUUAUGCAGCAGCUAGAGGCACAGACCAAGUCAUUCCAAGCCAUGACAGAGAGACUAUCAUCAAACAUAAUGGCUGACUUUGAGGUCAUUUUACAGAAACAGCUCAGCUCAUCAAUAGAAGGGUACGAAGGUUUUAGGAUAAUGUGUUCUGUAAAACGGGUUUGCUACCACCCGUGCUAAUCGGUUACUAACUGCUCAAUCCUUAAUUGAACAGUUACGGACAAUAAGGGUCGACUCGUCAAGUUAAACCUCUUUUAAGAAUUAAAAUUGUUACCCAAACGUUGAGGGCAGAUUUAUAUAGAAGGUAGUGUUUACAAUAAGUUUAUUCAUCUUUCUCACCUCACCUGUCAUCUUGUGUCUCGUAGCCUUUACGGGCUCCAUAAAGUGCUUCCUUUUUUCUGGGUUAGCUGCUAUGGUCCUCGUUAGUGGGAGGACCCACCACAGCAUUCCCUUGAUCACGUGACUUCCCUCUGCUUCUGGUGUUUGUAAUAACAGGGUUUUAUGGGAGAGGCUUAUCAGCCCUUUGCCCAACCCCAAGUAUAGUAACUUUAGUUUUUAAGUGUAAACUCAUUCUCCUUGGAAACCAUCCGAAUUUUUUGGGGGCAGCCGUGUUAAUGUGACUGAUUCUGAAUAUUACGUUCCUAUUUACCUCAAUCUGGAGGACCGCAGACGAUCACACUUACUGUGGACUCUACUCUUCGACCUGUUCGACAUGAGUGGCUUUUGAAAUGGUGGAUAGCGCUAUCCACCAGAUUAAUCUCUGUCCUGCGGAUAACGCAAUUGAUUUUCGUAAUACUUAUCCGCUGGAUAGUGAUUUAUCCGGUGGAAAGCGCAAUCAAACUGGAGCAAGGAGUCUUAAGACCCAGUCGACUUACCUCUUUGGGUCAUUAGGCUGAUUUAGCAACAGAACGGGAACGUCAGUUCACAACGGCUCGUGCAAAUCAAACAACUGGCUUGACCAAUGGCAGAGCGGCAAAUUGAGCACCGGAAGUCGUGUUAAGUCCUUUCUGCGCGCCUUCCCGUCGCCAAUUGACGUUCCCGUCCUGUUGCUAAAUGAGCCUUUUGACUUACGCAAACCACUCCAUCACGCCAAGGUGAUCAUCCCUUCGGAUCGGAAAUCAGUUUCAGACGAUGAUGGAAUUUCUAAUUUCCCAUCGUAGGUUGCGCGAGGAAAUAUUUUCACGUCUCUUGUCAGAGGUCUUAGCUUCAGUGCAAGACUCGGUUCAAAAGGAAAUGGGAUUGGGCCUAGAAGGGCUCCGUCAACAGCUUAGUGAAAUGAUAGCUACCUCAGUGGAAAGCUCCACCCAGCAGGCUCCUGAUCUGGCGCGCACCCAGGUGAGUACCGGAGAGCAACAUUGUAACAGCGCAGUUCCCUCCCCCCCCACCUCCCGUUCCGUUUGCUUUAAAGCCAAAGGGAAGAAGCACAGAAGAAGCCCGGAAAAGGAGAAAAAAAUUGAAUUUGGGAGGGCGGAACGCGACGGCUAUUUUUUGCUCAUUAGAGUCCGGCUGUGCAGAAAAGAGGACGGAAAGUUCAAGCGAUUUGCUAGAGCGGUAGUGACUUGCCGACACCGAUCGAUCCGAGAGAUACGUUUAUUUCGCUCAACGCACUGUUGUACAGUUAACUACAGUUAAGAGAAGAGUCCACCAGUCCUUGUUAAAUGUGAGCAUUGGACAAUUCUCUAUUAUGUAGUAUUUGUCAAAACACACAAAGCGAAUCAGCGUGGCUUGGGAUUUUUCAAGACCACCGGAUAUGGGAAGAUAAAAAUGUGAAUUUGGGGAAGGGGUGGCAGCUGCUAUUUUCUAGCUCGCUCUCGCUAGUCUCCCGCGCCUCUCCAGCUUGGCGAAAAGAAAAAAGGAAAUGACUGUUACGCAGGCUACCCUCGACCCUCCUCUUUCCUCCCCCCGGGAGACAAAAAUGGGGAUAUCGUGAAGACAGUUUGAGAGUUGAAGUGACUUCGUUUCUCUCUGCAGGUGUUGGUUUCACAGUUGCUGGAAUCUGGACAAUUGGGCCAAGCCUUCCAAGAGGUAUUGGAAUUACUUUCGGUUUGUUAUUGAAAUGUUCAUGUUGUGUAAUAAAUGGUGUUGAUGAGUAUCUUCAUCAUCAUCAUCAUUACCGUCGCCAUAGCAAUGGUUAUCAUUAUCAUUGUACCCUUCACCUGUUAGAGACCUUUAGAUUCGAGGACGAGAACGGCUAAGAGUACGAGAUUUGACUUAAAGUUUUUUCGCGUAUUCUCAAAAUAUAGGCUCCCCGGAAAGCUUCAAUUUUUCUUUUUUUCACCAGAAAAGUUAGCACUGUUACUUUUAGUGAAGGAGGUUACACUCCGGCUCUCCCGAUUGCAGAAUGAUAGAACUUCUAACAUUUGAUAACUUGUUUUCCCCACUUCGACAAUCUCGCAAAAUCUCGUAGUAGAGUGACGACGGCUACCAAGUUUUCCCGCCAAAAUGGCGUUGGUUCACGCGUGAGCACUACUUACUAUUGAGAAAAUCUUGUACUGGUUUUUGUACUCGUCUUAGAAUGUAAAGGUCUCUAAUUCCAUCUUCACUACCAUCAUCAUCACCAUUGUCAUCAUAACCAUCACUACCACCAUCAUCAUAGUCACCACUACUACCCAUACCAUCAUUGUCUUCAGCUUCCUUACCUUAACCACCACCACCGCCACCAUCUCUUCGGAGUCUUCGUCAUCAUUAUGAUAUCAUCAUCGUCAUUUUUGACCACUGUACAUUUUGUUGCAGGCCUUGACAGCAUCAGAUCUGAAUAUCGUCAUGUACGUUUGUGAACAAGUGGAUCCUGAGAGUGUGUUUUCUCAGUCACCUUGUCCUUUAUCGCAGCCUGUCUUGCUGUCUUUGAUACAACAGCUGUCAGUAGAUCUUACCGUUAACACGGAGCUUAAACACAAGUGAGUCUUAAUUGUUACAAGUUUGAUGCUUACGCAAGAGGACGGCAAAACCUUUUCGUGUGACAGGGUUGUUACUUGCUUGUUUUGGUGUGAUAUACACUUAACGUGAUUGUAUUUUGGUUUUUACAAAAUUUCUGUUCAGAGGAAGGAGACGUUUGGUGGAAACGUUUUUCAAACAUUUUUAUUGUCACGCUUGUGACACAGCGUUUACCAUCUUCUUUCCUUUUCCUUCCUUGCGUCCUAAUGCGUAAGUUAACAAUGUUUAAGGUGUGGUAAAGCAUCAAACAUAAAAAUAAUUGUCUUUUGAUUCGGCCAGAAACCAAAGGAUUACGUAGCUAGAUAUGGUCUAAAGAUGGGGUGUCAGCUAGAAGUAAUGUACUGAGGUUAGACAGGCUGCGUUCUAACGAGACUGUUCAACUUUGAAAACGCGGCAUACAAACUUCUGUUAUGGCUUCGGAACACACGUGAACGACGAAAACGAUCGUCGUUAAUAUAUCCAGAUAACUGCUUUCUUACCCACCAUUAGCGGCAAAUUCAAGACCUUGUGAGAGUGUUUUAUUUAGUUAUUUAAGUUAAGGCGACAUUGGGUAUUUUCAUUUCAGACGGUCGGCAUUCAACCAGUCAAUUGUAUCCUUCCCUUCUGUUCAAUUGACAGGUACAUAGAAGAAGCGCUCAUGUCAUUAGACACCACUGAUGAAGUGACAAGAGAGCACAUGCCCGCAGUUCUAGAAGGGCUGUGUAAACAGCUGCAGUCUGCCAUCCAAGAAGCAACAGGUCCUAUGCAGCGUUCUCUUAAAAUGCUACAGAUGGCUGCGAGAUCACUGUUAAGAUAA